AUGGAUAAAAGCAAUAAUAUCACAGUCUUUAUUUUAUUGGGACUUUCCCAAAAUAAGAACACUGAAAUCCUCUGCUUUGUAUUUUUUUUAUUUUGCUACAUUGCUAUUUGGAUGGGCAAUGUUCUCAUAAUGAUUUCUAUCACAUGCACUCAGCUCAUUGAACAACCCAUGUAUUUCUUCCUCAACUAUCUCUCACUCUCUGACCUCUGCUACACAUCCACAGUGACCCCUAAAUUAAUGACUGACUUACUGGCAGAAAGGAAAGUCAUUUCCUAUAAUAAUUGUAUGAUACAGCUCUUCACAACUCAUUUAUUUGGAGGAAUUGAAAUCUUUAUUCUCACAGGCAUGGCCUAUGACCGCUAUGUGGCCAUUUGCAGGCCCUUGCAUUAUACCGUCAUCAUGAGCAGACAUAGGUGUAACUUGAUCAUCAUAACUUGUUGCAUGGGGGGAUUUGUGCACUCAGCUUGUCAGCUUUUUCUCACUGUCUUCUUACCAUUUUGUGGCCCAAAUGAGAUAGAUCACUAUUUCUGUGAUGUGUACCCUUUGUUGAAAUUGGCCUGUUCCAAUACACACAUAAUAGGUCUCUUAGUCAUUGCUAACUCUGGCUUAAUUGCUUUAGUGAUAUUUGUUGUUUUGAUAUUCUCUUAUUUUUUCAUAUUGUAUACUGUAAGGGCAUUCUCUGCAGAAAGUCGGAGCAAAGCUCUAUCUACUUGCAGUUCCCACUUAACAAUUGUAGUCCUUUUUUUUGCACCUGCACUAUUCAUUUAUAUCAGACCAGCCACCACGUUCCCAGAAGACAAAGUGUUUGCUCUUUUUUACACCAUCAUAGCACCCAUGUUCAAUCCUCUGAUCUACACACUGAGAAACACAGAGAUGAAGAAUGCCCUACGGAAAGUUUGGGGUCAUCAAGGACUUCUGAAGGUAAAGUUAAUUUAA